CUUCCGCCAUGUGCUACUAGAAAUUGUACCUCAACAGGAACAAGACGGCACUUGUGGGUUAGCUGUAUUUUGUUUCUGUUUCUCAGCGGUAAUACCAGUCCAAAAUCAUGUCAGUCGUUCAGCCAGAGCGAAGAGUUCUUUCUAUCCAGAGUCAUGUUGUGUCCGGAUACGUUGGAAAUAAAUCGGCGACAUUUCCUAUGCAGGUGCAUGGUUAUGAGGUUGAUACCAUCAACUCUGUACAGUUGUGUAACCACACUGGGUACAAGGUUUUCCAAGGUCAGGUGUUGAAUGCUAAUGAGCUGCGGUGCUUGUCUGAUGGUUUGAAGGCAAACGACAUCAACCAUUACUCACACCUACUCACAGGUUAUGUAGGGUCCAAGUCCUUCCUCAAAGAAGUUAUCGAGGUUGUGAAGGAACUGCGUGAAAAAAAUCCCAACAUCAUCUACGUGUGUGAUCCUGUGAUGGGGGACAACGGCAAGUUCUACGUUCCGGAGGAGCUGCUUCCAAUCUACAGGGAUGACCUCUUGCCCUUGGCCAACAUGAUAACGCCUAACCAGUUUGAGGCAGAGCUUCUAAGUGGCCAAAAGAUAACCGACGAGAAGAGUGCUUUGGAAGCAAUGCAAGUUUUACACGACAAGGGUAUUCGCACCGUGGUACUCAGUAGCAUGUCCACAGGCUCAGGGACGCUGGUUUCAUAUGGAACAACAGUCGUAGAUGGCAAGAGGACAGGCUGCCGUGUGGAGUAUCCAGCAUUUGAUUGUCAGUUCACCGGGACCGGCGACCUCUUUUCUGCUCUGCUCCUUGUCUGGUCGCACAAGUACCACAACGACCUGCAGCUGGCCCUCGAGAAGACAUUAUCAGGCAUGCAGGCAGUAUUGAAGAGAACCCUUCAAAGCGCACAAGAGCUAGCGGGUCCAGGCAACAAGCCCACUCCCCCACAGCGAGAGCUGAGAAUGGUCCAGAGCAAGAGUGACAUUGAAGACCCCAAGCUGUGCAUCAAGGCCACGCCCCUUCAGUUUUGACCACAGCAAAAAAACAGAGUAGGGGAUCCAUAAGAAUGGUGCAGUUUUCCAUUCCUUCGAAAUCUUUUAACCUGACUCAGUUAACUGUAUUCAGACGUAUAAAGUCUUUGUAUAAAUUUCAACGGAAUCAAUUACCAAAAAAACAUCCAACACUGGCAGCGGUGCACUUGGAAACACUUGCGUGUACAUAGAGCUUCUGUUGAUGUGAAGAAAUUCACGAGCGGGUUUCUUUAGAGCAAGUCAUGUUCUGAUACAAUCCAAGAAUUGAAUGGAAAACUAGCUCUAAACCCUCUCAGACCCUUCAAAAUCCAGCACAGGGUUUGGAGGAUUGUGCAGACAGAAGACAGUAGAGCUCAUGCGCUGUUACCCCACCUUGGGUGCUGGGCCUCACAAGUGUCAGAUUUUGUCAUUGGUUUCCUAAACAGUGACAGAUUUUGGAGAAUCGGGCAAUGUUCAAAGCGAAACUGGAUGGUUGGGGGUCAACAUUUCCGUGGACGUGUUUGUGACCAAGCGUGAACUUCUGUUUUGUAAUCUCUCAUUUAACCCCCUUCAUGAUGGGAUUAUUUUGACUGCGACUGCUGGGCUGUGGCAUACCCUGAAUGGAGGGCUUUGUCCAGCGGCAGGCCCCAUUG